AUGGGACGAGGGAAUAUGACGUCAACACGUCUGCAUCCUAGCAACGGAAAAGAAGGCGCAGAAAGGCUAAAGGAGGCUAAAUGCUAAUUGUUUCGUUGGCAAUGUAAACAUGUUACUUGUUUUGAUAUUGUGCUCUUAUAGAGCUGACUCAUGGUUCAUGGUGAAUACAACUUUUAUUGACAAGGUAAUUGACGUGUGUCGAGACUAAACCUGGUUCAAAAAGCUGUUUUUGUCGCUAGUCGGAAGCGCUAGCGUUAGCUGCAGUUAACGGUUUGGAGAAUUUUUGGGAUAUGUAUUCUACGUUUGGGUCCUCCCGUGACAUGGACGGACACUCAAAUCACAAGAGCAAGUGAUGCUUUUAACACUAAUGGCCACAACCAAUGUUACACCAGGCUGGACUUCGCUCAGAAUGUAGCUGACAAGUGGUGGAACUCCUUUGGGCUCGAUGACCACUUGACUGCAGAGCCACACUUAGCCCGACAUGUUUAGCCUGAUGGCCAAUUGCUGUAACUGGCUGAAACGCUGGCGAGAGCCGGCAAGAAAAGUGACUUUAGUGAUGGUAGGCCUGGAUAACGCAGGAAAGACUGCCACAGUACGAGGAAUCCAAGGAGAGAAUCCCCAGGAUGUUGCUCCAACUGUGGGUUUUUCCAAAGUUGACUUGAAGCAAGGAAAAUUUGAGGUGACCAUCUUUGAUCUGGGUGGUGGGAAGAGGAUCCGUGGUAUAUGGAAGAAUUACUAUUCUGAGUCGCACGGUGUAGUGUUUGUGGUGGACUCCAGCGACGUGCAACGGAUUCAGGAGACGCGGGAGACCAUGGCGGAGGUUCUGCAGCACCCUCGCAUCGCUGGGAAGCCCGUGCUGGUACUUGCCAACAAGCAGGAUCAGGAAGGAGCACUGACUGAAGCAGACAUCAUUGAGAACCUGUCGUUAGAGAAGCUUGUUAAUGAGAACAAGUGUCUCUGUCAGAUCGAGCCGUGCUCUGCAGUCUUGGGUUAUGGCAAGAAGGUUGACAAAUCUAUCAGGAGGGGUUUGAACUGGCUGCUCAACAACAUUGCCAAAGAUUAUGAGGCCAUUACUGAACGUGUGCAGAAAGACACUGCAGAACAGCGUGCUCUGGAAGAACAGGAUAAGAAAGAAAGAGCAGAACGAGUCAGGAGGAUAAGAGAAGAGAGAGAACGGCAAGAGAGGGAGGAGGCAGAACGUGAAGGCAGGGAGAUUCGGGAAGAUGAACCUGAUGAAGAAAACAUGGCCAACCCCUUCCAGCCGAUUGAAAAUGUCAUCAGUGAGAGUGGGGAUAAAGAAAAUGCAAGAAGGCAACAGGAGCUGCAGGAGUGCACGAUCAGCAGUUUGAAGGCAGAAAGCGAGUAUCAGGAGGACAAUCACGAAGAGACAGACGAUGCCAGACAAACGCCGGAUAAUUCCAGCUCUAGCACAGUCACGGAGCAAAGCAAGAAAAAGGUGAGGAAAUUGUACCUGAAGAGGAAGCACCGUGUGGACCCACUGAAGACGGAGGAGGUGCCAGCCGAGAGAGCCGCCCCUCCGCCACUCCCAGUUGGAUGGGCGUCACCUAAGGUUUCUCGGCUGGCCAAACUCGAGCCUCUGUGGGACUCAAAAGCCUCUGGCAACAUCGCAGUUUGACACUGCAGAGGAAACACUGAAGCCAUGCUUUUAUUCUUAAUGCAGCGUCAAUCUUGAUCAUCUCCAAUGGCUCAUUGGUCUUUGCAUCCAGCUGUCCAUCUUCACAUCUCUCAUCCCCUUCUGUUUUGCCUGAUGCAUGGAUUAAUUUCAGUUUGUUCUGUCUUUGUAUUAAUUUCGCCAAACCCUCUCUUCCGCU